GGAUAUUGCAAGAUUAUCGACACGAUAUUACGAGACCUGUCUAUUUUUUUACAGAUAAAACCAAGUCAACCCAACAAUGAUCCUGCGAUGAGUUCUACAAACUUCGCCGCUGCUCAAGAGCGGGUUCUCGAACGUCGUCGUCUCCGCGAGGCCGAGGCUCGCUCCAGGCUUGCUGAACAGCAACAAUCCCACCCUUUCAAUCACGCCGCUCUUCAAAAUCUCCCAUAUCCUCUCAACAAACUACCUUCGUCGGGAAUCUCCAUAUGGAAUGCUAUAAGGGGCCGCGAAGGACUAAGACCAGCUUAUCGCGUCGGUCAGGUGGACGCCGAAUUGCUGGAUGAGGAGCUGCUAGGGUUGCUCAAAGGACAAGUUGGAGAUGCAUUGAAGUACUACGGUCCUCAAAUGCGUGAAGAUUGGUCCCACGAGAUCCAAUUCGCUCUUCGUGCGGCCCUGUUCAAGCUUUCGAUCUGGGAUCAUGAUGCCUCAUACGGCGCGGCGUUACAGAAUCUGAGAUACAUUGAUAGUCGAAGCAAAGGGCCUGUUCAUUCGGCUCCCACCAAGUGGCAGAAAUCUCUACAUGGCCUCCUCACCGUUGGCGGUCGCUAUGCUUGGGGCAAGUGGGAAAGUUGGUUAAUAAGCCAAGAAAGUGGCUACGACGAGCCAUCACAAGGAGUACGAAUGCUAUCGCGAAUGACCGACCUCGUCUCCGCCACUCACUCAAUCGCCGCAUUCACCUCGUUCUUGGUAUUCCUGGUCAACGGCCGGUACAGGACACUGGUUGACCGCAUUCUCCGCAUACGCUUGAUGCCGCCGUCUGCACAAGCAAGCCGCGAGGUGUCCUUCGAAUAUCUGAAUCGCCAGCUGGUUUGGCACGCAUUCACGGAGUUUCUCCUGUUUCUCUUGCCACUUGUUGGCAUAAGCCGAUGGCGCCGCUGGCUCUCUAGACUGUGGAAGAAAGUAUUAUCUGCACUCAAAUCAAGUAAUGAAGAUGACGAGGUCGACGGCAAACAAGGAGAGCUUGCAUUCCUUCCAGAACGAACGUGUGCGAUCUGUUACAAGGAGAACAAUCCUGCCGCCGCAACAGAAAGUGACGCCAUUGCAGCCUCGGCGUCAUCUGGAGGGAUCAUUGGAUCUGCUCAGACUGACAUCGCCAACCCGUAUGAGGCAGUUCCUUGUGGUUGUAUAUAUUGCUUUGUAUGCAUCGUACAGAAGCUGGAAGCCGAGGAAGGAGAAGGCUGGAUCUGCCUCCGAUGUGGUGAGGUUGUCAAAAAGUGCAAGCCUUGGAAUGGCGAUGUGCUAGAAGACGCUAGUCCCCAAUCAAGCUCAGGAAAAAUUGUGGGGUUCGCUAUGGAUGGCCUUGCAGACACGGACAGCACCCACGGGGGGGAGGAGUCAGAGCAGCACGCGGACAGGACGACCGCAUCGCCGGAUUCAGCAACAGAUGAAGGGAUGCAUGAGUCUGACCACUGGUCUACAAUUGACAAGGGUUCUAUGGAAAAUCAGGACAACAACUAAUCAAAAAGCACGAAACGAGUGGUUUUCGGUGAGGUAUGAUUUGCCGAGUCCUGCCACAUCUCUGACUACAAUGCGAUCUUCUCACCCUGUUGAGUCUCAUACAUUGAUGACGUAAUUUAGGAUAUUGGCUUGACUACGAUUUAAAGAUACCCAGCAGUU